UAAUACACUGAAAUAUUUGGUUGACUGUUGCGGCGGGUAAAGUCGGUCUGUAUUCCAGAUUUGUUUUCAUUUGAAAAUGCUGUUAAAAGUGCAAUGCAAAAUUACAGGUAAACCGGUUGUUCCGUUUUUAUUCGGGCCUAAGCGGCAAGCCUAGUGGAUAACUAGCUACAAUACGUUGUGUUUAUAUAUUUUAUGAGCAUCCAUUCGAGCUCUAAGAACAUGGCCGACUCCGGUCUCCUGAACAGUGGUUGCUCAGUACCUUUUGAGAAAACUGUUACACAAACAAUGAACAAAAUCCCACGAAAAGUAGUGGUAUUUGACUGCCGUCUGGAAAACGGAGACGCCAUCGAGAAAGUCCUGGAUAUCCAGGGCAUGGAGUUCAGCGAAUUUCUGAGGACUGUCACCAAGGAGUUUACCAUAUCCUCAGAAGAAACAUUUGUCCUGUUGACAACAGACAGGAGGGAAAUUGAUCUGGACAGAUUUGAGGAGCUGAAGGAUGGAAAUACUUUGCACCUUCUUCGGUCAGUUGAUCAAGUCUUGUCAGUGUCAACAAAGGAACGCAUCCUGUUCCUCCCGCACUAUGACACACUCAUCAAGAGCGGCAUGUACGAGUACUACGCCAGCGAAGGACAGAAAUCCUUACCUUAUGCUUUUGCUGAACUUAUUGACAAUGCAUUGUCUGCAACUUCAAAGAAUGUUGGGGUCAGGAAAAUAGACAUUCGAUUGAUGUUUGAUGAGUCUCAGGGUAAGCCUGCAGUGGUCGUCCUGGACAACGGGUCUGGCAUGACAUCAAAGCAGCUGAAUAACUGGGCUGUCUACAGGCUGUCCAAGUUUAGCAGGGAGAGCAGCGCGUUUGAAAGUGAUCAUACGGCCUAUGUUCGACCUGCUCCAGUUCCGCGCAGUCUAAACAGUGAUAUAUCUUACUUUGGAGUUGGAGGAAAGCAGGCUGCUUUCUACAUCGGGCAGGCAACCAGGAUGAUCACCAAGCCGGCAGGAUCGAUGGAUGUUCAUGAGCUGCUUCUCUCAAAGGAGGAGUUUGAAAAAAAGGAGAAGAAUAAAGAAGAUAUUUACAAGGGUUUCAUUCUAAACAGAAAGCCAGGCGACUCGUCCCACGUUACCAGUGAGGACGAGCGCUUCCUGCACAGCCUCAUCGCUGAGGAGACAGAGGAGGACCACUUCACCGCCGUCGUGCUGACCGGAGUCCAGCCAGAGCACAUCGCCUUCCUGAGGGCUGACUUCCACCUGUGGACCAGGGAGCUGGCGCAUGUGUACCAUUAUUAUGUUCAUGGAAUCAAAGGAAACGACAUGAGGCCUUCUACAGUUGACAUAGAUACCACAGGCAACAUUGACAUUCGGAUCUGCUUGUUCGAAAAGCUGAAGAUACCACGGAUUGUGGACCUUAGGGACAUCAUAAAUGACAUGCAGACUUUGUACAUCAACUCUUCAGUGGACUCAUUUGAGUUCAAGGCUCAAGUGGACGACGAAGGCACUGCGGAAGGCAUCCUCCGAUAUCACCCGUUCCUUUACGACAGAGAGACGUUCCCCGAGGACCCGUACGCCAUACCGUCUCUGCUGGCGGAUGAUGAGGAGGACUGCGUCAUCGUGAAUCAGGAAGGGCGAGGGAAGAAGCCUAUAUUUGAGUGCUUCUGGAACGGGCGGCUGAUCCCGUACACCACCGUGGCAGAGUUUGACUGGUGCGCGCGGCCCAAGAAGUCGGGACCCGUGCCGGCGGAGUGCUACAAGCGCAUCUCGGGAGUCCUCUUCACCAACGACAAGUUCCAGGUCAGCACCAACAAGCUGACCUUCAUGGACCUGGAGCUUCGGCUCAAGGACAAGGAGACCAUCUUCACACGCAUCGUCAAUGGACAGGAACAGCGAGUGAAGAUUCACAAAGAGUUCACUCAGUGGCUGAAGGACUGCCAUGAGAAGUGGGACAAGCAGAUUAAGUUUUUGGGGUUUAACGGCACCAUGACACGGACGGACGUCACGACCAAAAGAAUGCAGAGUCCUUGGGCGAGGUUUACGUCCAUCACGUGGGAUGGAAAAACAUACAAAGCUGGCCAAUAUGUGAAAUCUAUGAAAACUCACCCCAUUCUGUUUGGCACCAUUGUGCAGUUCCUCCUCUAUGGAGAUCACGAUGGAGACGUGCACUCGACUGGAGGUCAGGUCCAGGUGGCUAUGGAGCCCAAGGCCAUUUUCAGUGAAGUGAGGACCAUCCCCAUCUCAAAGAUUGACCGAGGAGCCCCUCUGACCGUCAUCAAGAAGUACAUCGAUGAUGAACUGGCAAAGCUGCCAGACAGGCUGAAGGUGACCUGGCCAGAGGGGAAGGAAUGGAGCCAGAAGGCUGUUCGUCCAGCCGGGACGGAGUUCGGUCCGAUACACGUCGAGAUCCUCAAUAAGAAAGGGGAACCAAUGACACGGAUGCCUGGAUCGAACCACACUUCAUCAAGGAAACUUCUGAUUGAAUUAAAGGUUAUUUGGCAUGCUCCUACUGGUGAUGUCGAAACAAACUCUCACAUCUGUCAGCAUGGCGGAAAAUGGGCAUAUUGGUUUAAAACCAUGGAGAACCUGAGCAGGCUGGGGAGGUACACGCUGCGUCUGCAGACGGUUCUGAACGAGGUCAACGCCAGCGUUUGUGACAUGGAGCUGCUUCCGUCCUGGGAACUCCAGUUCUCCAUAUGUGAGGGGUGUCCUGAGAGGUUUGUGGUGGGGGUCGUUUGCACGCCGUACCGCGUGUGCGAGCCCUUCAGCAUCUCCCUGGAGCUGCUGGACGCUUUCGGGAACCCCGCUCCGCCGCCUGCGGACCUGAAGCCCGUUCUGGAGUGCAGUGCCAUGGAAAUGAGUUACGAGGAAACUGAAGCAAGUGGAACCACUUUCUCCAUUAAAGGGGUUCGAGCCAAAGGCCUUGUGAAGACCUGUCUGGGGAAGUCCUUUAAUGUGAAGAUCACCUUGCCAGGUCUGAAGCGGAACUCUCAGACACUGAAAAUAAGCCUCCUCCCUGGUCAUCCACAUUCUCUGAGUGUCAAACCGGACUCAGCAGAAAUCUCGCUAGAGAACGGCCAAGCGCCCAUGUUCCAGGUGGAAGUGCUGGACGAAGCAGGGAACGUCACAACUCACCCCAAACUCAUCGUGCAGUGCCAGUUGCUAGGUGCUCCCAGUUUGCCCAUGGCAGCAGUUGACUGCAGUAACACUGGAACUGGGCUGCUAUUGGACAAGCCGUUGUACAUUAAAAAUGUCCAGAAGGAACAGAUCAUAAAGGCAAAAUUUGAUGUCCCAAGUCUCAAAAACAUUGAAGUAGUGGAGAGGACGUUGAAGAUCAUGCCUAGCCGUUGGGUGGCCAAGUUGGAGAUAUUCUCUCAGGAGGAUGAAAAUGUCACGGUUUUUGGAGACAAGGAGAACAUUGGCUGGACUGCCGGAGAUGUGCUGGAAAAUCUCCACUAUCGAGUGUUUGAUGAAGGAAACCGCAUGGUCCCCAUUACAGAUAGCAUUGCAAAGAAGGUCAAGGUGAAUUGGAGGGCAGAUGUAAAUAUUGAGGACCUGCAGCAAGGAAAGCUACCCGGCCUGCUCAUUCCCAACUUGGUGAAAGACGAACAUUUCUACCAGGUUUCAUUUCAGGAUGAAAAUGUGUCUGUGGAGUGUUCCUUCACAAUCACGCCGCGUGCGGAUGAGCCCAAGUGUAUGAAGGCCACGCUGAAGUGUGGGACCUCGGUGAGGAUGGGAGAGGAGCUCCCUGGGGAGAUCCAUUUGGAGGUGGUUGACCAGUAUGGCAAUAAAACGCAAACCUUGAAGUCAUCUUGCGUGAGCUCCUUUGGGGUGUCGGCUGAAGGUCUUGAUAAAUCAAGCUUAAAGGUCUCAUGGCAGGAGAAAAUGGAGGUGAUCGUGGUCCAAGGAGUGAAGUUCUUCACCGGGACCCUGGGGUCCAGAGAGCUGUGCUUUGCCUGGAGGGACUUUGCGGAGUACUUGCGCAUAACCGUCACGGCGGGCCCACCGGUCAAACUCCAGCUUGUGGAUGGGCCUGAGGAGCCUUUGCAGGUCAUCAACGGGAAGGCCCUGGAGAAGCCUUUCACUGUCCAGCUGCAGGACGACUGGGGAAACCCUUCACCCGACCAGAGAGUCAUCGUUUCCGUCAAACCCUCAACCGCAGCUCUAAAGAUGAAAUCUUCACCCGCAUCGCAGCCAGUGGAUGCAGAUGGGACAGCGAUCUUCACCAUCAGCCAGAUGAUGGCGCCCAAGGGAGAGUAUGCUAUUGAGUUUAAAGCCUCCUUCAAUAAGAAGAGUAUUCCAGGACCUGUGUUGAAGGUGAAAGUGGUGCCAGAUCCUAACAAACCGGUCAAGCUGUCAGUCAGCUACGACACCAACUCGGUGUUUCCUGCUGGGGGCUUUCUAACAGUGUUUGCAGUAACGGUGGUGGCAGAGGACGGCAGUGCCAUAGGGAGUCUGAGCCCUGCCUCCAUGUCCAUGCUGAUGUGGAAGGGCGAGUCGUCGGGGCCCAGGCCUCCUCCGGGGGCUGCCACCCUCAAGUGCAGUAAACCCAAGGACACUGAAAAGCAUGACUGUUUCUACUUCAGGGACAAAAUAAUCCCUGACCGUGUUGGGAAGUACGCAAUUCAGUUUGUACUGUGCAUCGAUAAAAACAAAAGUCUGUGGAGCAAUCAGUACGUAAUAAACGUGGUGGCAAACGCUCCAAUGAAAUUGACGGCAGAUUCCCAGCCAGCAACUCCAUUGGUUUCUAACAUCCAAGAAGUGGCCAGUCGGACCCUGAUUGAGAGCUUGUGUCUUAAAAUCCUGGACGAAUACGACAACCCGGCCGGCUCGGACUUGAACGGGACGGUGCUGGUCUCCGUCAAGAGCUCGGACAACAGCGAGGAGCUCCCCCUGUUCGAGGGGAAGACCAAAACCGUGCAAGUCCCCCUCUCUAACGGCAUCGCCCAGAUCACGGAUCUUAUCAUCAUGGAAAACUGUCCUGGCACUGAUCGGACAGAGUAUAUCCUCCACUUCCAGCCUGUCAUUCCGGGGCAUAAUUUGAGAGCAUUUGAGCUUCCCUUCCUGUUUUAUAAUGAUUCCAAGAACCAACAACAAAUGGCGACCUUGACUAAAAAAAAGGACCGCCUCUCCCAGUCCCUCGUUGCCUACAGAAGUCUGUUUGACACAAACAAUCAGUUGAUCUCUGAGCUCAAAGAUCAGCUUCAGGAUGCAACCAAUAAAGAGAUUCAUCUGAAAUCUGACCUCAGGAAAAGUCAUAUAAAUGUGACAGCGCAGAUGACUAUGGAAGAGAUCGAUGCCGUGAUCAGAGAGAAGGUGGCUGAGCAGGAGAGGAUACGGAGACAGCCUCGGAGAGCCUGCGUCAUGCCCGACACUUUCAAAAGCAACCCGGACGUCCUCGGGAAGGUGGCUCACCUGGCGCAGGUGGAGGACGACGACGCAGCGAAGGUCAUCUCCUGGCACCUGUCUGGCGACAUGGACUGCGUGGUCACCCUGACGACGGCCGCCGCGCGGCAGAUCUACGACGACACGCAGGGCCGCCAGCAGGUCAUGCCUCUGGACUCGGUCUUCUGGAGGAGCAGCAACAGGCCCCUGCCUCAUAUAAGGAACGGGCAGAGCAGCUUUGCACCAGUUGGAAACCCCAUAUUUGUCCGAGAUCUCCUGAUUUUUCCGGAACAUGCCGAAAGCUGUCAGAUAGUCUUUGGAAAUCUUCUGGGCGAAACCAUUUUGGUGGACAAUUUGGAUGCUGCUAACCAUUAUCGGAAGGGGGUGGUUCAGAGUAAAAGCCCGUGCCCCACUCUGCUGACCAGGCACGGUGAACGGGUGCGUAGUAAUGGAAAGUUUGGAGGCUUGCAGAACAAGGCUCCAUCCAUUGAAAAACUGCGAGGGCAAGUGUUCGGUGCACCCUUGCCAGAACAGUACUACACCCUCUUCAAGCAAAUCGAGCUACUGCAGCAGUACCGGGUUGCCAUGGCGAAGUGCAGGCAGGUGAGGGAGGACUACGACGGGCACAUGCAGUACAUGAGGUGUCCUGAGAUGGUGGAGAAGAAGGACGAGAUGAGGGCGCAGGAGAUGCAGCUCAAGGACCUGGAGCACAAACUCGGUAUGACCCCUAAGAGAAGGGUGGAUGGUUCAGCAAUGAAACGACCUGCGGAAGAGACUGGGGAACCUUCCGGAACCCUUUCAAAAAGAGCCCGUCGUUUCGAGAAGGCACCACCCUUGGUAAAUUCACCAACUCCUGGCAGGUUGAGAAAAAAAAGGACACCAUGAUGGCAUAUGAAUUCACAUGUUUAUUAUUUUCUUUAUAUUUAACAUUUUUAAUUCAAACAAUGUUGAACAAUGCUUGUAAAAUCUCAAAAAAACAUUUUUUUUUAUAUUUUCCAGACAGAGGGCACAUCUUGCUUAUUUGUAAAUAUAUGUUAUGUUGCCUCUUGACAUUUUUUCCUUUUUGGCAUUUAAGCCGUUUUGGUUCAUAUUUCAAUGAAAAAGAGAAUUGUAUUUUCAUUAUGUUGAAGGUUGUCCCUGGUACCUGUGGAACUUUUAAUACUUUGUACAUUUUUGUAUUGAAAUUCCUGAGUAAUAAAAUUAUUUUUUAUUUAA